AGCGUCUCUUAUGACAUCAUCAUAUCUCGCCGUGCUCUUCCGGGAACGUGCGGAGUCCGUAGCUAAAAUGUAAACAAAUCGCCUACUACUGUACUUUAUGUUACAAUACAAUUGAAAAGCGCGUCGCUUUUCUCCGCUAAGAGAUAUCGGCGAUAUCUAAAUUAUUACUCACAGAAAGCACAAUGCGUCUCUCUCUAGCGCGCAAUGCUAACGUUAGCAAGGUGACAACUUCUGAUGUUCAUAACUCGUGGUCAAGGAGCCAAGAUGUCAGAGGCUGACGACCGAAUGGGUUCUAUUCGCUGGGCUUUUCGCUGCGGGUCUUGGACUCCUGCCAGGGCUGACUGGCUGUUUGCUGCUCGUUGCGUUCAGCCGGAGGAAAAAGACAGAAUAGGAGCGUUUGUUUUCGCGAAAGAUGCCAAAUCAGCCAUGGCUGGCAGGUUGCUGCUUAGGAGGUUCGUGUGCGAGAGGAUGGACAUUCCCUGGGCACAUAUCUGCCUGAAACGAUCUCCGAGAGGGAAGCCUUACCUAGCUGCACCACUUCAAAUCAGCCCAGAUUCGGGAGCGGAACCUCAGACCUGGAGCUUUAACAUCUCUCACCAGGGGGACUAUGCGGUGCUUGCUGCUGAGAAAGGCAUUCAAGUUGGCGUUGACAUCAUGAAGACAGUCAUGCCAGGUAGCAACACAGUGCCCGAGUUCUUCCGCAUCAUGACACGUCAAUUCACGCCGUACGAGUGGCGCGUCAUCAAGUCAGCUGACUCCGAGCAGCAUCAGCUCGCUAUGUUCUACCGCCACUGGGCCCUGAAGGAGAGUUUCCUCAAGGCCACUGGCACAGGACUGGGUUUCAAUCUCCAAAGAUUGGAGUUUCAUCUGUCCUCUGAAGCUCUCACACAGUCCCGUGUUCUCUGCCAGACCAGAAUGCAUCUGGAUGAAGAGGCCGAGGAGAGCUGGCUGUUUCAAGAGAGUUUACUUGACGCUGAUCAUCAUGUUGCUGUAGCAUUGGGACACUCGACAAAUCCUCCCUCGUCACUUCCUCCACCCACCGCUUUCACACAUCUGACGUUCCCUGACCUCAUCGCGUCAGCCUCACCUCUGACAGAGGAAGACCCCGCCUACUGGGAAAGCUUCCAAACGAAAGCCGAAGCACCUGUGAGACCAAGAUGACAUACAAGGCAGUCCCCCAGAUCGGAA